AUGGCCUGCAGGCCGCGGCUGCUGCGGCAGCUCACCUCGCCCAUACCCACCGUCCUCCGAUCCUCGCACCGCCUCUUCUCUACCGCCGCCGCCGCGGACCCGGCCAACACGACGCAGAUUUACAUCUCCCGCUCGCGCGACCCGCUGCUGAACCUCUCCGUUGAACACCACCUACUGCGAACCGCGUCUGCCCACGCCACCGUGCUGAUGCUUUACGCCAAUGCGCCGUGCGUCGUCUUCGGGCGGAACCAGAACCCGUGGAUUGAGGCGGACCUCACGCGCCUGGCCCGGCAGGGCGGCGUGCAGCUCGUCCGGCGGCGGUCCGGUGGCGGCACCGUCUUCCACGACGAGGGCAACGUCAACUUCAGCGUCGCCUGCCCGUCGGCCGCAUUCGACCGCGACCGGCACGCCGAGAUGGUCGUGCGCGCCCUGCGGCGGCUCGGCCGGCCGUCCGCGCGCGUCAACGCCCGCCACGACAUCGUCGUCGAUGCCGGCCCCGACACCUUCAAGGUCUCGGGGUCCGCGUACAAGCUGACCCGCCUGCGGUCGCUGCACCACGGCACGUGCCUGCUGCGCAGCCCGAACCUGGCCUCGAUAUCGGCGCUGCUACGCGCGCCCGCGGCGCCGUUCGUCAAGGCGCGCGGCGUGGACAGCGUGCGCAGCCCGGUGCGCAACCUGGACCUCGACGCGGACGCGUUCCAAGAGGCCGUGGUGCGCGAGUUCGAGGACAUGUAUGGCGGGCCGCCGCGGCUGCGCGCGGUGGUCGAGCACGACGCGGCGAUGGCGGUGGACGAGGUGCGGCGCGGGUACGAGGAGAUGCGGGCGCGGGAGUGGGUGUACGGCCAGACGCCGCGGUUCGCGUUCGCGACGCACCCGACGGAGCUGGAUCCCCGACCGCGGCCGGAGCUGCCGUUCAAGGAGCGCGUGCACUUCGAAGCGAAGCAGGGCGUGAUUGAGCGGUUUGAGAUUGAGGACGGCAACUGCGUGCAGAGAGAGCUCUCUUUGGUCGGAGCGACCGUCUACAACUUCGGCGACUGGUCGGCACAGCUUGCCGAUGCAGGCGUCGCCAGUCAACAAGCUCAGUAUAUUGGUGGCUGGCUGAACGGCGUCCUCGGGACUGAAUUCACGAAACCAUGA